UCUAUUUUUAAACUUUUUCGCAGGGACCCCAAUUCUCCGGAUUUGAAUAAAAUGAAAAGCGUUUUCUAAGCUAAAUUUUAAUUUUAAGAAAAUUCUUACACAAAAAAGCAAUGGAAUUUGACGAUUUUGGAGAUUUAUUUGGAGAUGAAGUACUCGAAAUGGAAGAAAAAGACGUUGAGAAAGAUGAAAUUGAACAAGAAAAAAGUACUCAAAAAGCAAAGGAUUUGGAAAAUGUUUGGGAAAAACAGAAGAAGAAACAAAUUCAAAAAAAAAUUAUGCCUCAACCAAGAUUGUCUGAAAGAGAGUUAACGGCCCUUCGAAAGGCGACAACAAGCUCGAGAUCUGCUUCGCGGUGGCUCCUCCAGAUGCUGGGUCCGCUUCGCCUCAAGCUCAAGUCCAUCAACAACGAUCACUACCGAGUCAACCCCGUCUUCGGAUUCGUGGAGCCCGGCGCUGCAGAGGUAGAUGUGUUCCGCUACCCCGGCCCUCCAAAAGGUGAUGACAAGCUCGAGAUCUGCUUUGCUGAGGCUGCUGUGGACACUGCAGCCGCUAAGGCCGUCUUCCCUCCUGGAUCUUCUGGCGAGUUCAAGAUCGACAUUCCUGUGGCUGCUGUUUGGCCCUACGAACAGGAGACUUAUUUUGGACCUCCUAGCGAGGUCCAAGUCAAGCCAGCUGCUAUCCAGGUUCCAAUUUCGGGAGGCAGCGUCUCGCUUCAGCUGAUGAACAGCAACAAUGAGGUCCGCUUCGCCUUCAAGCUCAAGACCAGCAACAACGAGUACUACCGCGUCAGCUCUGUGUACGGAUUCGUCGACCCCGGCGCUGCUGUCCAAGUCGAAGAUAUCCGCCAGGACGGCCCUCCAGAAGACGACAAGCUCGAGAUCUGCUUCGCUGGGGCUCCACCAGAUGCUGGGGACGCCAAGGCCAUCUUCUCUCCUGGAUCUUCUGGCGAGUUCAAGAUCCCAGUGGGUUUGGAGGCCCACUGGACGCCUCACAUGCCGGAGCAGUACUGAUGCGCCCCUUGGCGCCUUCAAGUCGAGCCAGCUGCUAUUCAGGUUCCUACUGCUGGAGGCAAUGUCUUGCUUCAGCUGAUGAACGAAUAACCCAAUCAAUUCAAAACAAACUCAUAAAAAGGGACAAACGAUGAGCAAAAAAUUGAUUGAAUCUAGUGACAAAGACAACGAUGAUUUGGAUAAAUAUUUGGAUUCUUUAAAAACUCAACAAAGCAAUCAACAAAAGGAUGAGGAAAUGAUAGAAAAAGAUUCUGAUGAAAAUUCUGAAAUUAUGCAAACAAAAAAGAAG